AUUAAAAAAUGAAAACUUGGUGCUGUACACUUGAAAACACUGGUAAACAAUACGGUAAUUUUAUUGAAGAAAGCACGGCGGAAGAUUUCGAAAAAGCACACUAGAAAUAAUCAAAUUCCUGACACAUGAUCAGAGGACAACCUUGUUUAUGAAAGAGGCAUCGGUUUAGUCUCCUGCAGCACGGUUGCUAAUUUACUGUUUCUAUCCAAGGUUCUGAAACGCGCUUCCGAAGGAGCCCGUCACGUGACCCCCACCGCCUGGCUCGCCGCGGCUCGCGCCGCUUCCCGCACUUUCACGUGAGACCGCCGCGAGCCUCCCGCUGCAGACGUCUCUUACGGCGAGGGCUUCCAGACGCGAAAUCUUUUUGUGAGGAGUACGACUUCUUGCUUUUACGAUGGCUCAGUGGUGACAUCUCGGGCUGCAGAGCGUGCGUUUUUCCCGUCGUUCGACUCGUUGCUCAGCUGCGUGGCGCGUGACUGCGGAUGGAUGGCAGUCCCGGGCUCCUCCGCUCGGCUGCCGGUGGAGUCUGAACAGAACAGCGCGUGCCCGUUUGCGGGCUCCUCCGGCGUCGGCACUGACUGAGGCGAUGUAAGGAAUAAUUAGGGAGCCGUCCGUGUUCCCCGCAGCCGCGGUCCGCCGACACGAUGCAGAAAGGAAUCCGUCUCAACGACGGCCACGUCACCUACCUGGGUCUCCUGGCCAAGAAGGACGGCACGCGACGCGGAUGCCUGAGCAAGAAGAGCUCGGACAACACGAAAUGGCACACCAAGUGGUUCGCGCUGCUGCAGAACAUGCUCUUCUACUUCGAGAGCGACUCGAGCUCGCGGCCCUCGGGACUCUACCUGUUGGAGGGAUGCGUGUGCGACCGGGCGCCGUCGCCAAAGCCGUCCCUGUCCGCCAAGGAGUGCUUGGAGAAGCAGUAUUACUUCACUGUCAGCUUUAACCAUGACAACCAGAAGGCUCUGGAGCUGCGCACAGAAGAUGUGAAGGACUGUGACGAAUGGGUGGCAGCAAUAACACAUGCCAGUUACAGGAAUCUGGCCACAGAACAUGAGGCCCUCAUGCAGAAGUAUCUCCACCUUCUCCAAAUCGUGGAGACAGAGAAAACAGUUGCUAAGCAACUUCGACAACAGAUAGAGGACGGGGAAAUAGAGAUUGAACGCCUAAAAUCAGAGAUUGCAGGUCUUCUAAAAGACAAUGAGAAGAUUCAGUCUAAUCCAACUGCAGCACCCAAUGAUGAUGACUUGGAGAUUAAGAAAAUAAAAAAAGUGCAGAGCUUUCUGCGUGGCUGGAUGUGCCGGCGUAAAUGGAAGACCAUCAUCCAGGACUACAUUCGCUCGCCCCACGCGGAGAGCAUGCGCAAGCGGAACCAGGUGGUGUUCAGCAUGCUGGAGGCUGAGGCCGAGUACGUGCAGCAGCUUCACAUCCUGGUCAACAACUUCCUGAGACCACUCCGUAUGGCUGCUAGCUCUAAAAAGCCACCCAUCACCCAUGAUGAUGUCAGCAGCAUCUUCCUCAACAGUGAAACCAUCAUGUUUCUGCAUCAGAUCUUCUACCAGGGGUUGAAGGCAAGGAUAGCAAGUUGGCCGACACUGGUGCUGGCUGACCUCUUUGACAUCCUGCUGCCCAUGCUGAACAUCUACCAAGAAUUUGUGCGUAACCACCAGUACAGUCUGCAGAUCUUGGCUCACUGCAAGCAGAACCGAGACUUUGACAAGCUGCUGAAGCAGUAUGAGGCAAAGCCAGACUGCGAAGAGCGCACGCUUGAGACCUUCCUCACCUAUCCUAUGUUUCAGAUCCCCCGCUACAUACUGACCCUUCAUGAGCUGCUGGCCCACACACCACAUGAACAUGUGGAGAGGAACAGCCUGGAAUACGCAAAGUCCAAACUGGAGGAACUUUCCAGAAUCAUGCAUGACGAAGUCAGCGAGACAGAGAACAUCAGGAAGAACUUGGCCAUUGAGCGCAUGAUUGUGGAGGGCUGUGAGAUCCUUCUGGACACCAGCCAGACAUUUGUGAGACAAGGAUCCCUCAUUCAAGUCCCCAUGACUGAGAAGGGCAAGAUCCCCCGAGGGCGUCUGGGCUCACUGUCACUGAAGAAGGAAGGCGAGAGGCAGUGUUUCCUUUUUUCCAAGCACCUGAUCAUCUGCACGAGGGGCUCAGGAGGGAAGCUCCACCUGACCAAGAACGGAGUGGUCUCGCUUAUCGACUGCACUCUGAUAGAGGAACCUGAAGGUACUGACGAUGAGUCGAAAUCAGAAAAAGGUGGACAGGACAUGGAACACUUAGACUUCAAAAUAGUAGUGGAACCCAAAGACAGCCAGUCCUUCACUAUCAUCCUUGUGGCCUCCUCGCGCCAGGAGAAAUCUGCCUGGACAAGUGACAUCAGCCAGUGCAUAGACAACAUCCGCUGCAAUGGUCUGAUGAUGAACGCCUUCGAGGAGAACUCCAAAGUUACAGUGCCGCAGAUGAUCAAAUCAGACGCCAGCCUCUACUGCGAUGAUGUGGACAUCCGCUUCAGCAAAAUGAUGAAUUCCUGCAAGGUGCUGCAGAUCCGCUAUGCGAGCGUGGAGCGGCUGCUGGAGCGGCUGACAGACCUGCGCUUCCUCUCCAUCGACUUCCUCAACACAUUCCUGCACUCCUACCGCGUUUUCACCAAUGCCGACGUGGUGCUGGACAAGCUCAUCACAAUCUACAAGAAGCCCAUCAGUGCCAUCCCGGCCCGAUCCUUGGAGCUGUUCUUCGCCAGCAGUCAGAACAACAAGCUGCUGUAUGGAGAGCCGCCCAAAUCCCCACGGGCCAGCCGCAAGUUCUCUUCGCCGCCUCCGCUCACCAUUGCCAAGACCUCGUCACCCAACCGGCGGCGCAAGCUCUCACUCAACAUCCCCAUCAUCACUGGGGGCAAGGCGCUGGACCUGGCUGCCCUCAGCUGCUCCUCCAAUGGCUAUGCAGGCAUGUACUCCUCCAUGUCACCCUUCAGCAAGACCACGCUGGACAUCAACAAGCUCUACGUGUCCAGCACCCUUCCCAGCAAGAUCCCAGAUGAGGCCGACAGCAAAGGAGAGAAAGCAGAGGAAUCGUGGCCCUAUAAGCAAGACACCUCGGUGACAGAGGAGUGUGACAACAAUCAAAGUCAGAGCGGUGAUGACGCUGAGACCGAGACAUCGCCAACCAAGUCCCCCACGACCCCAAAACACACAAAAUGCAAGAACUCAUCAGGUACAGAGACCCAGAAGUUCUCCCUGUUCUCCUACAACAAUGGCAUGGUGGUGUCAUCUUGCCGGGAACUGGACAGCAACCGCAGCGCCCUGUCUGCAGCGUCUGCCUUCGCCAUUGCCACAGCCGGUGCCAACGAGGGCACACCCACCAAGGAAAAGUACCGCCGCAUGUCCCUGGCCAGCACAGGAUUCCCUACUGACCAGCGAAAUGGUGACAAGGAGUUUGUCAUCCGAAGGGCUGCAACCAACAGAGUGCUUAAUGUCCUGAGGCACUGGGUGUCCAAACACUCACAGGAUUUUGAGAGCAACACUGAGCUGAAACUGAAAGUGAUCAGUUUCCUGGAAGAGGUUAUCCAUGAUCCAGAACUCCUGACCCAGGAGAGGAAAGCAGCUGCCAACAUCAUCAGAACUCUCACCCAAGAGGACCCUGGUGACAACCAGAUCACCCUGGAGGAGGUGAUACAACAGGCUGAGGGAGGAAAAGCAGAGCCCUUCGAGAACCACUCUGCACUGGAAAUUGCUGAGCAGCUUACCCUGCUGGACCAUCUGGUGUUCAAGGUCAUCCCAUAUGAAGAAUUCUUUGGGCAAGGCUGGAUGAAGAAUGACAAGAAUGAGAAGACUCCCUACAUAAUGAAAACAACUAAGCAUUUCAAUGAUAUUAGUAACUUAAUUGCCACAGAGAUCCUACGAUGGGAAGAUGUGAACAUGCGGGUGGCAGUGAUAGAGAAGUGGGUGGCGGUGGCUGACAUCUGCCGCUGCCUCCACAACUAUAACGCUGUGUUGGAGAUCACCUCCUCUCUCAACCGCAGCUCCAUCUUCCGUCUGAAGAAAACCUGGCUUAAAGUUUCCAAGCAGACGAAGGCAGUGAUUGACAAACUGCAGAAACUGGUUUCAUCCGAGGGAAGGUUCAAGAACCUGAGAGAGGCUUUGAAGAACUGUGAUCCACCCUGUGUUCCAUACUUGGGGAUGUACCUCACGGAUCUGGCCUUCAUUGAGGAGGGAACCCCCAAUUACACAGAGGACAACCUGGUGAACUUCUCCAAGAUGAGGAUGAUUUCCCACAUCAUCAGAGAAAUAAGACAGUUUCAGCAGACAUCUUACAAGAUUGAAUACCAGCCAAAGGCAACACUGUACUUACUGGACCAGAGCUCUGUACUGGAUGAAGAAAGCCUAUAUGAAGCAUCUCUCAGAAUUGAACCCAAAAUGCCUACUUGAGGAUGAGCAUCUUUCUGCUGUAGGGAACAAAGGGAAGCUCCUGUAUAAUAUGUACAUAAACAUUAUUUGUAUUACAUCAUGUUAGACAUAUCCUUCUGUGUGUGCUUCGGAGAGGCCCUGGUGAUCCUUGUUGUUAGAAGUUAACUAGAUGCCUAACAAGCUUUUAUACAUAUACAAACAAAGAUUGGGGAAACUUAGUUGCUUAUUUCUUAUUCAAUAUUGUUUUUUGGCAUUUGAUCAAAGUAAUCAAGCAAUUUUCUACAGUAAAAAUACUUUAAAAAUACAGAAAAAACCACCACAACACUUCAUACUGAGUUCUAAGCCUAUUGUUUAUGUUGAGAGUGAGCAUGCCUAAAGGUGUAUAUUAAAACCGUAUUAUACCAUAAAACUAAUUUAUUUUCUCUUCACCUUCAGAUGAAAAGUUCUUUAUACACAGUUAAAUCCUGCACUUCCAGUAAGACUUAAUGAGAGUAAAAUAAUUCUUAUUUGAAGAGGAAGCUUUAUCACACUUCUUUACUGAAAUAUUUAUUUUGUGUAAGAGUUGGUGCCAUUGAUGUAGCAAUGUACACACAAGAGCACAUAUUUUUACCAAAUCCAGACAGGAAAGUCCUAAACUGAAGAGAUUUAAGUAGCAGACAGCCUGUCCUCUGCCAGCUACGCUCCCACUGUAUGUGCUGGUUUUCUUCAUUUGGGCUUAUUAGCAUGAGUAACCCGCGGUUGGUACUUUAAAAUAUCUCUUUGAACACCAGUACUAACAUAUGUUGAAGUUGCAGGGUCUUCGGGCUGACUGGCCUUCAGACCAUUUCAACAUAAGUAGGGCUAUAAUAGCCAUUGUUGAAUAUAAGGCAUCCACCCUAUUUUUCCAGGAAAGUACUAACUGACACUGGUACCACAUUUCAUCAGCUGAAAUCUGUGCUUUGCUUGGUUCUUAUUUUUAAACAAAAUUAAAUAUAUAAAUAGUUUUCAGAUUGCUGCUCAUAUAUAAUAUUUCAAACAUGGCAAUUGCAUUUGUCAUAAAAACAGCUAACUGGACAGGCCAACCAUCUGAUAUGCAGUGUUGUAAUCCGUAUUGGACAUGCUUUUUUAUUGUACCAGAGUGUAAAUGCUUUGCAUGUCUGAUGUUUUAACAGUGGGCUGUUCAAUUGUGAUUGAUUACUUACAUUUAUAAAUAGAGAAUCACAUACUGGUUAUACAUCUGGCCUAGAAUUAUCUUUGGAAAAUCCUCCUAUCUAGUACUGCAAAAUGGGAGCACCAGUCCCAAAAUAUAAAGGGCACCAUUAUCAUAUAGCUAUUAGUUGAAGAUGCAGUAUUUCUUGUUUUGGCAAUAAUGUAUUGACAGAAACAAGCAUUUUAUGACUAUCUAUUAUCGAAACACAGCAAAGUAGUAACAUUUACUUUUUAGCUUUACCCACUUUAUUGAAAACCCAUGUUUGGUUUAAAUUUGAUAUAUUGGAAUGGAUAGGAAGCAGGGAGACGGUAAGAUGGAUGAACUCAUAAAACAAUGAUUAUGUCUGGCGUGAACUUAUUUCCCCAUUAAUGGAUGUUCAGCUGCCGUGUAGUUGAGGGACAGUCUGUUUUCCUCCUUCUGUUGAAGUGGUGCUGGAAUGUGGCUUGUUGUCAUGUUUUAAAUACUGUAGGCUGUUAUUGAAAAGUGUGAUUUCCACCUGCAGCAUUCUAAAGGUAUUUUUGUAACGUGGUCUACUAGUCUUUGGAAGACAAAAGGGAUACUGCAUCUUUGAGUGAAUAUGGAAAUUAUGUAUUUUGUACAAACUUUGCAAAUUCGCCUGAGAAAUGUAUGCUGUAUAUUUUGUACAUGCAGCCUUAUAUAUUUCUAAAUGUGAAAGUGUAAAGCAUACCUCUGUAAAACAUUGUACACUAAUAAGCUUUCAAACCUAAAAUGCUAAACAAUACGUGAUAUUUAGAACCAUAAUUCUAGAAGUAGAAGACAACUUUAAAGUGUUUUGCAUAUACUGUAAUCCUGUCUAUAACUAUUCUCGUAGCAGGAAUAUAGUAAUGUAGUGCUUAUUCUGUGAAUAUUUGUAUGUAUUUUUACAAUGUACAGUACAGAAAUACAUUCAAUGCUCAAAUUUCAGGCAUGCUCCACUGUAACCACCAGAAUCGUUUACUCAAAGUAUAUAUAGAUAUACAUACAUGAUAAUGUACCCACGUAUACAGGCAAAUACACAUACUACAUAUAUGAAAAUAAAACAAACAUUUUGCUGUGAGCAAUACCCAGUGGUAUGAGAAUUAUCUUUCAAUCCUUUAUUUCCACAGCUAGAAACAUUUCCAUUUUUGUAUAAAAUGUGUUUCCUGAUUACCUCUUGCUAAUAAAUUUAUUAUAUCUCA